GAUGCCUUUCUUUCUUCCAUAAGAGUAUUAUCCAAAGAUUUCUCAUGUGCCCACAGCAGUUCUGUAAUACAGGCGACUCUAUUCCAGGUCCUUGAUGAAGCAACUCAUUGUAUCCCGCAGUUAUCAGAAGAGUUCAAUAAUUCAGGACUAUGCUUCAAUAAAAAUUCCAAUAUUUUGGAAUCAAGGAGGGAUUAGCUCUAGCAUUCUUGGAAAAAAGUGUUUUUACUUUCCAUUCCACUUCAGGAAAUUAAGAUUGUGCAGUUUUCCUCUUGUUAAGCAUUAAGUUUGUGCAACUUGUUUUUGUUUUCAGCAAGUGCUCCAGGUGAUCAAAACCAAACCCAAGCAGCAUGGAUAUGCAGGUUGUCUACGAGCUGUUAGGGGCAGAAAACGCCUGGUUGUACAUCACUGGUACCAUCGUAGUGUUGUGGGUUCUCGUGUGGCUCUACAGAGACAGCUUGGAGAUAGAAAACAUCUCUGACAAAUACGUCUUUGUGACCGGCUGCGACUCAGGCUUUGGAAACCUGCUGUGUAAGAAGCUGGAUCGUAAGGGUUUCAGAGUGCUGGCUGGUUGUCUCACAGAAAAGGGAGCUGAUGACCUGAAGAGGGUGGCAGGGCCGCAUUUGAAGACCGUCCUGCUGGAUGUGACCAGCCAGGACAGCAUCCAGAAAGCGAUGGAGUGGACCAAGGCGGAGGUUGGCGAAAAGGGACUUUGGGGAGUUGUGAACAAUGCUGGACGCUCAUUACCCAUGGGCCCUUCAGAGUGGAUGAAAGUGGAGGAUUUCCACAGCACACUGAAAGUCAACAUGAACGGUGUGAUUGCCAUGACCAUGAUCUUCCUGCCUCUCAUCAAAAAGGCUCGUGGCCGCAUUGUGAAUGUGGCUUCAGUGCUGGGGAGGGUGGCUGCAAACGGGGGCGGGUACUGCAUCUCCAAAUUUGCAGUGGAGUCUUUCUCUGACUGCCUCAGGAGAGAUAUAAACUACUUUGGAAUCGACGUGUGCAUCAUAGAGCCGGGGUUUUUCAAGACAGCAGUGACGAGCCUCGAUCCCCUCGAGAGGGAGCUACACCGCCUCUGGGACCAGCUCGGCCCUGAAGUACAAGCAAGCUAUGGAGACAAGUACCUGGAUAAGUACAUCAAGGUUCAGCGUUUAAUCAUGAACGCUAUCUGCGACUCUGACCUCAGCAAGGUGACCAACUGCAUGGAGCACGCUCUAACCUCAGCCCACCCACGUACAAGAUACAGCGCCGGCUGGGACGCCAAGCUACUCUGGAUCCCCCUUUCUUACAUGCCUUCCUUUGUGGUCGAUCUUGGGCUGAAGCUGGUGCUGCCUCGUCCUUUAAAGAGCGUGUAACUCUAUUAAUGCUCAAAGGAGUUCACUAUUUGCCUUUCAAAAUGCCCGUUUUCCUUAUCUACAUCAGCCAUGCAGUGAUCAGAUGAUCCAUUUGUCAUUGUAUUUUUAUAUGUGCACAAUCGGCCAUGUGAAAGUUGAAUUUUCCUUUCUUACGUCUGCUUCAGACACAAUAUUAAAAAAACAAUGAAUAUGUACUGCAUAAUAUACUGUUAAAUGUUGUUUGUUUAUUGCCGCUCUACUGUGCCUUUUCAUGCUGUUAUUUAAGUUCCUCUAUGGAUGCUACAAAUAA